GUCGCUCAUCACAGGAAAGCCCAGGCGGACGGGCUGGAUCUCGACAAACAAUUGCGACUUGCACCACCAGAGAUAUUCCCUCGGCGCACCGAUAUAGUGAUCGCCAUGGCUUCCGAAUACAGAAUUCACAAGCCGUCCGUGCUGGCGACACUUCCCCGGCCCCUCGACCACACCGAAGGCCGCAUCGUUGCCCGGGAAGUCUACGGCCAGCGCGAUGACCAGAAGAAGAGGAAGAGGACCGAGUUGGCUGUUGGUGUUGAUGGAGAGACUGCAAGUAUCUACGAUGUUCCGGCAUCGAGACUGAUCACUUCUUACCCGAUUCCUCCCCAAGAGUCCUUCACUUGCCCCCCGUACUCGGUUAGAAUCCGACGUGCUGGCAACGCCGAUGUCUCGCGAUACACCUACAUUGCUACGAGAGACUCGGCCGGCCAGAAGAUCACUCUUUUCAAAGACGUCGUGCAUCGCGACGGUAAGACGACCUCGACGACGACGUCAUCCCAGAUCCUCCAGACCUCGCCUAUCCAAUACAUCACCUGUUCCUCCAGCCCUUCCGAAACCGCUACUGUGGGCGACAUUGUCACAGUUUGUAAGAACGGCGAGUUUGUUUCCCUCUCGGGCGAGACCCUCUCAGUCCAGUGGACUACCUCUUCAAAAUCUACGGUCCAGGACAGUGUCGCAACCCACAUUGACGAGUUCGAGGUGGACUACGUGACUUCGGGCACAAUGGCAGAGUUUAGCGAGGGCAUUUUCAAGCAACGACCCGAGGUUUUCAGCGCCCUUCCCAAGACCCCGAACUCCGAACCCGAACUCUUGGUCCUGGUAUCGAAAUGCGUCAGCCAGGGUCAGGAGAGCCGCCACGCGGUUGUUCUCGCAGCAGCCUCGGGGGCGUCUUCCACAGCUGAGAUUCAGAAGCUUUCUCCCUUAGAAAUCGUUCCCAUUCCCGCUCCCUCGGGUGAGAAGGCCAAUGCGCCUUCAUACCAGGUGGACAUCCAGGCAGGUGUAUUAUUGCAAUUACAGCAGGGAUCCCUGAGCGUCUACGAUCUCACUACCUCAGUCCCCAAGCUUAAGUCUGUGGUGCAUAUGGACAACACCGUGUCAUUCUCUCGUCUUUCUCGACCCUUCGUCCUGGGAUGUUCACUCGACUCGAUCGGCCUGUACAACUACCAGUAUCGUUCGAUCCAUGCCAAUGCCCCAUUGGACUUGUCCGAGUUGCCUGCCGAAUGCCAAAAACCCAAGUCUUGCCAGUUGAUUAGUUAUCUCCGAAGCCAGGAUCUCGUUGUUGCCCUGGUUGACAAUGUUCUUGUCUCAAUCCAAGUCGAGCCCCCUAAGAGCCACGGCAAACGACGAAAGCAGGGUCUCCUGAUCGACUCUAUUGGUCGAGGAACCGCGGUUGAGGUCCCGGCCAAGAAGUCAAAGUCGGAGAAGGCGUCACUUGAAUUCUCGCGACAAGUCCCUGGUACCAUGACCGAGGAAUAUCUCGCUAAGGUCCGCAGCGAGUUGGAGUCGGCAGAUGGGUUCCUCGGCACUGGCGACUUGGCUCAGUGGGAGUCGCUACUACGCAAGCGAUUCCGCAUGGCUGUUCGCGGCGCUGCUGAGGGGACGGAUGGAAAGGCAGAGCCGGAUUCCCAAGACCUACCGGAGUGGGAAUGGCUUCCAGGCCAGUCAUCCUAUACCGCGGUGGACCGUCGUUGGGUUUCAUAUGCAAUCAGCCGAGUUUUCUCCAUCUCCGUGACUGAGGGUGAGGUACCGCGGCCAAUGCUCCAACUGAUCAUGCCCGACAGUAACGUCACCUCCUACCUCGUUGUGGCUGGUCAUCUUACAUUGUCGAAUCUAAAGUCCGCAUUCCGGGAUGAGUUUGACGCCGAGGCACUUGACAGCAAGAACCUGGCUAACGACCUCCUUUCAUGCCUGACCGAUUCUGACCCAUCGAUGACUCUACUACUCAACUACCUCCAGGCCACUCAACUUGGUGAACUAGAGCUUCUGCUGGCCAUUCGAGCACUCAUGCUCAACCUGGACCUAAUUUCCGAGCAGAAGAAGUCCGCCAACACCAAACUCCUCAAGAAUGAGGCACACGAGGGAGAUGAGAACUACGAUAUGGACUUGGACGACCUGGAGCGAGAUAUCGCCAUCACUGAGUUCUACCUCGGAGAUGACAGCAGCAGCCGUUCACGUGGCUUGACCCUGGCCUUGGCGAAACUCUGGCGACUGCCCGCCAUCACCACGGUCAAGGCUCUCCGGGCGACGCUUAAGACCGAGGAGAUAUUGUCACUCAUCUACACACUUCGCGUGGAGCUCGUCAGAGGCGCAUGGACGUCGCUGUACAUUGAUCCCACUAGUUUUGAUUCAGAAGGCAAUGACCCUCCACCUGAUGGAGUCAUCACCCUCAUCUCGGACCUUUUGGGGCGGUGCUUGGAUGCCGUAGGAGCCGGAGGCUGGCUCUUCAACGACUCUAUCUCAUCAACCGACAAGGCCGAGGCCGGCGACUUUUUGACGGCGUUGAAGCUUGAAGUAACUGCGGCGUUGGAAGGUUUGGAGGAGGCUGUGUACCUCAAUGGCAUUGUGGGCGAGGCAGUCCAAUUUGGGUUGGCGGCGCAGAAGGGAGGGGCUACACGACAGACAUGGAACACAAACAAGCCGAUCCCGAUGCAACUGGAGGGUCGAGAGUCUCGACUCCUGCCGCUGGGUCUCAAAACUAAGCAAUUGCCUACCAAGGACAAGGUGGUGUCUGGAGGUGAAGUUGUGGAGAGGAGCUUGCGAGAACGGGGCCACCUGAUCAGUCAGAAGGUAGAGGCAUACUCGCUAGAGAAGCUGGCGAUUUGAGCCGCAUCCUUCACUUGGACAAAGGUUGAGGACUGAAGGUUCAGGCAACAGAGAUCUGGACCGCGGAGAUAGGGCAGAUGUUGCAAAAUGGUGUGCCGACACAUGUGAUGCGGCUGAAAAUGGAGAACGACACCAGGGAUUCGGCACAUGGCUUGGCUUGGCAUUGAAAGGCAUAUGGUCAGCAGAUGAGGGACAGGGCGAGGUCCCAAC